UUUGUCGAGGGCAGAGCGGCUCUCCAUUGAAGAAGAACACACGCGCAUUGCCGUUGCAGCAGCUCAGUCCCUACAGAAGGGGGUUGAUGGUGCUUCGCUGUUGAAAUUCGCAGACAGACGCUUCAUUACUGACGGUCGUCCACCGAAUACGGGAGCAGCUUCCCCCAGACUUCCAAUAAGACCCACUCUUCCCAGUUGGAGACCAGCUCCACCCAACACACCCAGCAGCCAUGGCAGAUGAUGCGGAUAUGCGCAAUGAGCUCUCUGACAUGCAGCAACGUGCAGACCAGCUGGCCGAUGAGUCACUGGAGAGCACCCGCCGUAUGCUGCAGCUUGUGGAAGAGAGUAAAGAUGCUGGUAUCAGGACUUUGGUCAUGCUGGAUGAGCAGGGAGAACAACUCGAUCGUGUUGAAGAUGGCAUGAACCAUAUCAACCAAGACAUGAAGGAGGCCGAGAAAAAUUUAAAAGAUUUAGGGAAAUGCUGUGGCCUUUUCAUAUGUCCGUGUAACAAAAUGAAGAGCGGCGCCAGCAAGGCCUGGGGAAACAACCAGGACGGAGUGGUUGCAAGCCAGCCCGCCCGCGUGGUGGAUGAGCGCGAACAGAUGGCCAUCAGCGGAGGCUUCAUCCGCAGGGUAACAGAUGACGCCAGGGAAAAUGAGAUGGAUGAGAAUUUAGAGCAGGUGGGAGGCAUCAUUGGUAACCUGCGCCACAUGGCCCUUGAUAUGGGCAACGAGAUUGACACCCAGAACCGCCAGAUCGACAGGAUCAUGGAGAAGGCUGAUUCCAACAAGACCAGGAUUGACGAAGCCAACCAGAGGGCCACAAAGAUGCUCGGCAGUGGCUAAGCCUCUGGUCUGCCUGCUUUUACCAACCGUGCAGUUUGUCAAAAGGCAAUGCGCUUAUCAUGGUAUUUACCUUCUAGGUUUGCACACAUGCACAUAUCACCCGGCCCCCAUUGUAAAUGUCGUUCUAUGUGUCGUCUGUCAGCUUUUUCAAUGAUUGUCCUCGUAAAAUGAUUUCUUAUACUCUGUAUCAUUCUUUCCAAAGGUUGUAUAUAGUGCUGACUCGAUGGCUCUUGCUCACUUGUGAAGUUUUUAUUCUCUUUAUUGCCUGUAUACAUAUAUGUAUGUAUGUAUACAUAUAUCCGCUUGUAUGUGUAUACAUAUAGCCUAUGUAUAUAUAUAUAUAUAUAUAUAUAUAUAUAUAUAUAUAUAUAUAUAUAUAUAUAUAUAUAUAUAUAUAUCUCGAAUUUUUGCUGGAGGAACUAUAUAGGAAUGCUAUACAAGCUGUCUUUCCUUUUCAGUAUAUCUCAGUAUCGUCUUGGUAAAACUGUGUCACAUCACUCAGCUACUGUCAUGCUCCUUAUUUUGAUGUUGUCAUGACAAUGAAGAAUGGGAAAAAAGAUUUUGCAAAUGAUAUUAAUACAACGAGCACUUACAAUCAGUGUCCUUGGUUCAUAUCUCUCAUCACAACCAUAAUUAGUUACUGUUUAGACAAUGUGCAACUAGAUUCUGUAGGUGUAGUAGUAAUAACAUUGCAUUCCAAGUGAUGUGAAUUGUGCGUUAUGCAUGACAAAUGGUAGAUCUUAGCGUCUUAUAAAUAAAACCUGUUUUAAAAAGAUGACAAAAAAAAGGGAAAAAAAAUCAUGGCAGUAGCAAAAUUGACAAAAGCAUGCUCAGUAUUAGGACACAGUGGAACGUUCCAUAUUACUGCAAGUUUGCAAUAGUGCCACCAUUUCAGUCGAUAUAUAUUCACAGACUGUGACCUUUGUUGUAAAAUAAUGCAAAAGUGACUUAAAGAGGAAAUGUGAUGGGAACGAAACAAGGCUGGUGUGGUGGUCCUGCAAAAAUGACUUGUUUUCUAAAAUGAAUAUGCAGUUUGGUGUAGAAAAUGAUGUUCUGAAAGCUGGGGACUGGUUGUUUACUGUAUCAUAGGUUUUGGAUGCUCUGAAAAAAUAAAUAAAUCAUUUGCAAUGUAAAGCAAAGACGCAUAUUUCUGAGAGACCUUACUUUUAUAAGAAGACUGUAUCCUGUUAGUUUACUUUCCCCGUGUGGUUUGUUAUUGGUAAAAAAUUAUAAUAAUCCAUAACAAAAAAAAAGGUUUUUUUGUUGCUUCUGUACUUAGAGCUAUGCACACCAAAUCACUAAGAUGUUGAAUAGUUAUUAUAAGAAGUCAAAUAAAUACCUUACCUGAAUGACACAUAGGUUAAACUGUGAGAUUGAUGUCCUCAACGCAUGUAAUAUUAAAACUCCCUCUGUAUCCUGUCAGUCUGUGAAGUGGUUGACAUUUUGUAGCUAGCUGAAUUGAUUAAAAGUAAUAAACCCCUAA